AUGGCCGCUCAAGCAGUUCGUGAAAGGAAACAAGAACAAACGACUUCACUGCAAGGAAUCCUGCAAGAAGAAGAGCUCGAAGUAGCUUACAUUCCGGUCGAAAAGCUUGAGACUUGCGGCUUUGUUGCCCGUGACAUUACGUUGUUGAAAGCGGCUGGAUAUCAUACCGUCGAGGCGAUCGCUUUUGCUCCACGAAAGGAUUUACUCGUCAUUAAGGGAAUCUCGGAUCAGAAAGCCGAACGCCUUCAGGCCGAAGCGCAUAAAUUUGUUCCAAUGGGCUUCACUACCGCUAGCGAUGUUCAUGUGAAGCGAAGCAAUCUUGUGCAAAUUAGAACCGGUAGUGCAAAUCUGGAUCGUAUAUUGGGUGGUGGAGUUGAGACGGGAUCAAUUACAGAAUUCUUUGGUGAAUAUCGAACAGGAAAGACGCAGCUUUGUCAUAUGUUGGCUGUCACUUGCCAAAUGCCCGUGGAAAUGGGUGGAGCUGAAGGCAAGUGCAUGUACAUUGACACGGAGAACACGUUUCGACCUGAACGAUUAGUGGCCAUCGCUCAGAAGCUUGGUCUUGAUGGUGCUAGUGUGCUUGAAAAUGUUGCCGUUGCUAGGUGCUAUAAUUCGGAGCACUUAAUGAGUCUUCUUGAACAAGCUGGAGCAAUGAUGGCUGAAAGUCGAUAUGCCCUGAUUGUGGUCGAUUGUGCUAUUGCUCCAUUCAGAAACGAUUACACUGGUCGCGGAGAGUUAGCCUCAAGACAACAAGCUAUUGCCAAAUUGAUGAGAUGCUUAGCUCGUUUGGCUGACAUUUUUGGAGUUGCUGUGAUAAUAACCAAUCAGGUGACAGCACAAGUUGAUGGUGGAGGGGGAAUGUACCAGUCUGAUCCCAAGAAGCCCAUUGGUGGAAAUGUCGUCGCGCACAUGAGCACAACUCGACUUGGAUUCAGGAAAGGAAAAGCCGAACAAAGAGUGUGCAAGGUACAUCAGUCCCCGUCGCUUCCUGAAGCAGAAGCCACAUUUGCGAUCAAUGACCAUGGCAUUGAUGAUCCUGAAGAGAAA